GAGGCGAGCACUGGAAGCCUCGGGGGUCCAGGCAUUCGUUCCCGGACAGGCCUCAGUGGGAGGAGGGCAGAGGAAGUCGCCCUCCCUCUUCGCGGCCCGCCUGCGCUGGCUUCGAGUCUGCGUCCGGGGCGGUGGCGGCUGCGGCGCGGGGCGGGGCGCCGCGACCCCCGUCCCUCCCAGGCCGCCGCUGCCCCCUAGGUCGCAGAAGCGGUCUCCCGGCUGCCUCGGCCUUGAGGCGCGGGGAUCCGGCGGCGCCGCGUCCCGGCCAGCCUGCGAGUCAUGGCCCAGCCCGGCGAGGAGGCUUUGCCGGGGCCGGAGACCGCGGUGCAGAUCCGCGUAGCCAUCCAGGAGGCCGAGGACGCGGAGGACCUGGAGGACGAGGAGGAGAGCGCGGAGGCGCGGGGCUCGGGGGCUUCGGCUCGGUACCUCAGCCCGGGUUGGGGCAGUGCCAGCGAGGAGGAGCCGAGUCGCGGGCACAGCGGCGCCACGACGAGUGGGGGUGAGAAUGAGCGUGAGGACCUGGAGCAGGAGUGGGAGCCCCCAGAUGAGGAGUUAAUCAAGAAGCUGGUGGAUCAGAUCGAAUUCUACUUUUCUGAUGAAAAUCUGGAGAAGGAUGCCUUCCUGCUGAAGCACGUGAGGAGGAACAAGCUGGGAUACGUGAGCGUCAAACUACUUACAUCCUUCAAAAAGGUGAAACACCUUACACGGGACUGGAGAACCACAGCACAUGCCUUGAAGUACUCGGUGACCCUCGAGUUGAAUGAGGACCACCGGAAAGUGAGGAGGACCACCCCUGUCCCACUCUUCCCCAAUGAGAACCUCCCCAGCAAGAUGCUCCUGGUCUAUGAUCUCUACUUGUCCCCCAGGCUGUGGGCCCUGGGCAGCCCCCAGAAGAACGGGAGAGUGCAGGAGAAGGUGAUGGAACACCUGCUCAAGCUCUUUGGGACCUUUGGCGUCAUCUCCUCAGUGCGGAUCCUCAAACCCGGGAGGGAGCUGCCCCCUGAUAUCCGGAGGAUCAGUAGCCGGUACAGCCAGGUGGGGACCCAAGAGUGUGCCAUCGUGGAAUUCGAGGAGGUGGAAGCGGCCAUCAAAGCCCACGAGUUCAUGGUCAUGGAAUCUCAGGGCAAGGAGAACAUGAAAGCUAUCCUGAUCGGUAUGAAGCCACCCAAAAAGAAGCCUCCCAAAGACAAGAACCAGGACGAGGAGCACCCUGCCAGCAUCCCCUGGAGCAAAUCCCCGAACAAGAGAGUUGAGGAGCUGCAGUACAUGGGGGACGAGUCUUCCGCUAACAGCUCCUCCGACCCCGAGAGCAAUCCCACGUCCCCUAUGGCUGGCCGGCGGCAUGCGGGGGCCAGCAAGCUCAGCCCUUCUGGCCACCAGAAUCUCUUUCUGAGCCCGAAUGCCUCCCCGUGCUCAAGUCCUUGGAGCAGCCCCUUGGCUCAACGCAAAGGAGUUUCCAGAAAAUCCCCACUGGCGGAGGAAGGCAGGCUGAACUCGAGCACCAGCCCUGAGGUCUUUCGCAAGUGCACGGACUACUCCUCUGACAGCAGCGUCACUCCCUCCGGCAGCCCCUGGGUCCGGAGGCGCCGCCAAGUGGAGAUGGGGGCGCAGGAGAGGAGCCCCCGGGCCAGUCCGCUGCCGGCUCGGAAGAUGCAGACUGCAGAUGGGUUACCUGUGGGCGUGCUGAGGUUGCCCAGAGGCCCCGACAGCACCAGAGGAUUCCAUGCUGGACAUGAGAGGAGCAGGGCCCACGUAUAAAUAAAUGCCUUCUAUUUUUGAUACCAGCUCCAUCACAAACUGCCUCUGUCUUCAAGGUUCUGACAAAUACCUGGCAUGAUGUAGGAUGAAAUGAAGUCCCCUUUCAAAAGAUAUUUGUAUACAUGUAAACCUCUUAAUUUAUAUAUUUGUAAUGUACAUGAACUGUCUGGUACGCUCUGGUUUUAAGACCGUCUUCUAGUUCAGGACGCCCCUCCUCCCGGCGCGCCCGCUGCUCCGACACCGCCCAGUGUGUGCGAAAGGCCCCGCCCAGUGCGGCUGUGGGGCGGGGCUGUCCUCUGCGGUAACGUCGCGGUCCUCAGUUGGCUGUUCCCCGGGCUUCCUGGGCGCGCAGAGGAAUUCUGUCGUGUAGUGGCAACUACUUUAAGCCCGUAGCAUGGUAUCUCCCAGGACCUACUGUAUGUUUCGUGUCAAGUGAAUAAAUAAUAAAACACCCAA